AGUCUAAACUCUGCGUGAAUGCUAUUCUGCCGCAAAAUUCCAACCAGGACUCCCAUUUACAACUCAUGUAGAUCACGAUUACCUGCUCUAUGUCGAUUUCUCUCUACAGCCACUGAUACUUCCACAAGCAAGCCAUUCUACAUCACUACACCAAUAUUCUAUCCGAACGCAGCUCCGCACAUAGGUCAUCUGUACUCACUCGUCACUGCUGAUAUAUUCGCUCGCUUUACGCGUAUAUCUGAGCCGGACCGACUGGUGCACUUCCUGACAGGAACAGACGAACAUGGUUUAAAAAUACAAAAGGCCGCCAAGGACCGCGGAAUAGAGCCUUCUGUACUCUGUGAUGCUCUCAGCGAGCAGUUUCGUAGGCUUGGUAAUCGUGCCAACAUCAGCAGUACAGUAUUUUUGCGCACGACUGAAGCGAGACAUAGAGAAGCUGUGGAACACGUUUGGCGCACUCUUACCGCACAAGAUCUCAUCUAUAAGGGCACAUAUUCUGGAUGGUAUUCCAUUUCUGAUGAAUGUUUCUAUACCGACAGUCAGAUCACUCAUCUGCCCUCCUCUCUAACUCCUGUCUCCAUUGAGACUGGCUCUGCAGUUGAGUGGUCCAGCGAGUCAAAUUACAAGUUCCGUCUUUCCAGCUUCCAGGAGCGUUUGCUAGACUAUUACACUACCAAUCCAAAAUCAAUAUACCCAUCAGCUCACCGAGAAAGGUUGAUUCAGACCUUGAAAGACGAACCUCUUGAUGACCUGUCAAUUUCACGACCGCGGGAGAGAUUGACUUGGGGCAUUCCCGUUCCGGGCGACAUGUCACAUACUAUGUAUGUGUGGUUCGACGCACUGACGGUGUAUCUCACCGGAGUUGGAUUUCCUGCUGAGCAGCAAGGAUCACUGUGGCCUCCUAACAUCCAGGUCAUUGGGAAGGAUAUUGUUCGUUUCCAUGCUUUGUACCUGCCUGCUAUGCUCCUCGCGAUGGGAAUGCCGCUCUCGCAUACACUUCUUGCGCAUGCACACUGGACAGCACAGCAGCGCAAAAUGUCGAAGUCUAUAGGCAAUGUAGCGGAUCCAUUCGAUGCCAUGGAUACGUGGGGUGUGGAUGCCGUCCGAUUUUACAUGGCACGUGUCGGUGGUCGUUUCAGAGACGAUGUUGAUUGGUCUCCUGAACAACUCGAGAAGCACGCGGACGAAAUCCGUAGUUUGCUCGGCAACUUCUUCUUACGCAUUACCUCGAGAACAAUCCAGAAACGUGUGGUGUCUGUGCCUCAACUCACGUUUGUUCAGCUCCUUGAUCAGUCCCUCAAUGGCCCCAAUGGUGACGUGCUAUCAUCGCUACGUAACCUGAAGGGAAGAGUUGAACAAUGUAUGGAGAAGUUUGAGGUGGGGGAUGCGCUCGAUGCCAUCAUCCUUGUCCUCAGAGAGGCGAACGGCGCAUUAACACACACCGCGCCCUGGUCGAUCCAAAGUCCGCCUGAAGCCGCACAAGUGUCCUACCUUCUCUCGCUUGAAGUUCUACGGGUCACUGGUAUAUGCUUGCAACCCUUCAUUCCCGAGGCUGCGCGGAAUCUAUUGGAUGCAUUGGGUGUUCCGAAGGCAGAGCGGAACAUGGAUGCUGCAGCUGUGGGUAAGGGCAGUGUCGGGGAAGUGAAGGGUGUGAAACUUUUUGAGGGCAAGAGAGAGAUAGCCAGCGGGGGUCAAUAAUUGUCUGCUGUGUAAAGCCAAGAACACGUGUUCGUCUACAUGAGUGAGCAGUACGCGUGCACGCUCGAUGCCAUCACAGUGCACACCCCAUCUACGAACGC